AUGUUGGAGGAGAAGAGCUGGAAAGGCGCCGGCGAAGCAGCUUUUGACAGGGGGUGUGUGGCUCCCCCCAGGACCGGCGAUGGGGAGAGAUGCUGCCGCCUCCCUCUCCUGCUGGGCUCAGGGCUGCCUGGCAUCUCCCUGCUUUCUCUGGUGCUGAGCCUCCUGCUGUACUUUCGGACCUCCGAUCUGCAGUCCCGGGUGUCCCACUUGGAAGCGGACAGACCCACACAGCUCCCUGCCUGGCUCUCAGCAGACCAAAUGGAGACAGCUAUUUUGGGAAGAGUUGACCAACUGCUUGAUGAGAAAUUAAAGUUCCACUUGCCGAGACAUCGAGAAGUUCGAGACACGCACCAGCGAUGCAACUGCCCGGCAGGUCCACCUGGCCCUACAGGAAGACCAGGGCUCCAGGGAGACAAAGGUGCGAUGGGAAUCCCUGGGCGGCCGGGACUAAAAGGGCAACCUGGAGAGAAGGGUGCUCCAGGAGAAGCAGGCAUGUCUAUCAUCGGGCCCCGCGGUCCACCCGGACAGCCUGGAACAAGAGGUUUUCCUGGAUUCCCGGGCCCUAUUGGCUUGGAUGGCAAACCGGGUCAUCCUGGACAGAAGGGGGAGAUGGGUGCUGCAGGUCCCAGGGGACAACCCGGACCCCCAGGACAAAAAGGAGAAAAGGGUCAGUGUGCAGAGUACCCGCACAGGCUGUUGCCUCUCCUCAAUUCAGUGCGGCUGGCUCCACCUCCGGUCAUAAAGAGACGCACUUUCCAGGGUGAACAAGGACAAGCGGGAAUCCAAGGUCCCCCAGGGCCUCCUGGGCCACCAGGACCCACUGGACCAGCUGGACCCGAAGGAACCCCAGGACAGCCCGGGCCAGUUGGGCCGCCUGGCAGAGCAGGAGAACCUGGGAAGCCUGGCAGAGAUGGAAAGGGCUUACCUGGGCCUCCUGGACCAAAGGGAGAUCCUGGGAUUCAGGGAUACCCUGGCAGAAAGGGUGAGGUGGGCGAGUCAGGCCUGCCUGGUGCGCAUGGCCUCCCUGGAACUCCUGGCCCCAAGGGUGAAAAAGGGGACGCUGGCAUCAAGGGGGAGAGAGGCAUGCCAGGGCUGCCAGGAAGACAUGGCACUAAGGGCGCUCCUGGGCCGGCCACCGCAGGGAUGAAGGGCGAGCCCGGGACUCCAGGAGAAAAGGGAGAUCCUGGAGUCCCAGGGAGGAUGGGCCCCCCAGGUUUGCCAGGGAAGAGGGGGCAGCGGGGUGAGAAGGGACGAGCUGGUGACCCUGGGCUUCCCGGACUCCCUGGCACGAAGGGAGAGAAGGGAAAUGCUGAGAAUGCCCUGGUGGGAGGUAAAGGAGAACCUGGCCCUCCAGGCCUGCCUGGACCCCCUGGACCAAAAGGAGAAGCUGGUGACGUUGGCCGGCCUGGUGCUGCAGGGUCACGGGGGGAAAAGGGGGAACCUGGUUCACCGGGAGACCAGGGACCCAUGGGCCCAAGGGGCCCCAAAGGAGAGCCUGGGAAGGAUGAAAUGAUGGACUAUGAUGGUAACAUCAGUGAAGCUCUCCAGGAAAUACGAACUUUGGCCUUGAUGGGACCCCCAGGACUUCCAGGUGUGGCUGGACCUCCAGGGCCACCAGGACAGAAGGGUGAAAUUGGCUUGCCAGGUCCUCCAGGCCACGAUGGAGAAAAGGGACCACGCGGCAAGCCUGGAGAAAUGGGCCCCCCUGGCCCUCAUGGACUGCCGGGAAAGGAUGGACCACCUGGAAUAAAGGGAGAGCCGGGCCGUAUUGGGGUCUCAGGAGAAAAGGGCGAUAAAGGAGAGCCAGGACAAGCCGGCUCACCGGGUCUUGAUGGGCCCACUGGAGAGAAAGGUGAACGAGGUGACCAAGGGAUGCCAGGACCGUCAGGAUUGCCGGGUCCCAUUGGACUUCCAGGAUUGACAGGAGAGAAGGGCGAGCCCGGGGAGCGUGGAGACAAAGGAAAUCCAGGAGAAUCGUUAUCUGGCCCCCCUGGACCCCAAGGCCCACCAGGACCUCCGGGUCUUCCGGGCCACCCAGGACCGAAGGGGGAAGCAGGGAUUGAUGGAAUGAAAGGAGAGAAGGGUGCCCAGGGUGAAAAAGGAGACAGAGGGCCACUGGGAUUACCCGGUGCUUCAGGUUUAGACGGCAGGCCUGGACCACCGGGUACUCCAGGACCAAUUGGGGUUUCGGGACCAGCAGGACCAAAAGGAGAAAGGGGCAGUAAAGGAGAUCCUGGAGUUGUAGGACCAAUGGGGCCAGCAGGGCUUCCUGGUUUACAAGGUCUACCUGGUGACAAAGGAAUCCGGGUAAGUUACCAGGCAAACUUCUUGUAUUUAGUUACUAACGUCUUCACCUGGUGA